AUGAAGGGGUUGAGUUCUUGGAAGCGAUCUCAUGAUACUCGUCUUGAUGACUACAUUCGCAAGGAAGCAAAUCACGAAAGCCUACGCGAACUACAUCCUAAUGUUAGCAUAACUAACAUGGUCGCGGUCCAAUUGAACCAUUUCAUUUGUGGUGGAGCCGCAGUGGCUGUGUCCAUAUCGCACAAGCUCGUUGAUGGGUUCACAAUGGUCACCUUCAUUAAUCAAUGGGCCAAGGUUACAUGCGGUGGAUCACCAAUGAAGCCAUAUUUCCUAACACCACCUACAAGUUAUAAGAAUGUUGAACUACCUAAAGUCACUAUUUCACAUGAAUCUAAGUAUGUAACAAAGAGUUUUGUGUUUCCUAAUUCAAAAAUAAAUGUGCUCAAGGAGAAGGUUAUGAACUCCAUGGGCAUCACACUAUCCCGAGUUGAGGUAUUUACGUCUUUAUUAUUCAAAUGCUCGGUUGAUGCGGCCACAACUAAGUCAGGGCUUUUUAAGCCAUCAAUCUUGGUUCAUCCGAUCAACAUGAGAAACAAAAUCUUCAAGAAUGAUCCUGAAAAGGUAGCAGGCAACAUACUUUCAUCAGUGGCCGUAAAGAUGGAUGAUUCACGCGAAAUCACGCUAAAUGAGGUGGUUGCUAAGUUAAGGAGAGGGAAAAUGGAAGCUGGAGAAAUUAGAGAUGUGCAAGAGAUAGGUGAAAAAUAUGCAAGCAUGGUGCCAAUGUUGAUAGGUGAUCCUAGUGUACAAGUAUAUUGGACUACAAGCUUUUGUUGGUUCCCUCUUUAUGAAGUGGAUUUUGGAUGGGGUAAACCGGUACAAGUAAAAUAUGUAAUUCCGGAGGUGGAUUUCAAGAAUCUUGUCUUAAUGGACACUCCGGAUAAAGAUGGUAUUGAAGUAACAAUACGCCUUCCGGAAGAAGAAAUGUUGAUCCUUCAACAGGACAAAGAGCUUCUUGCUUUUAUUGACAUAAAAUCUAAAGUGUAA